AUGGUAGGUCAAGUAAAGGCGCGUAAAGCCGCGGGAGUAAUCCUUGAGAUGAUUAGGGAACGGAAAAUCGCCGGUCGAGCUAUCCUAAUCGCUGGUCAACCCGGAACUGGUAAGACCGCGAUAGCUAUGGGAAUGGCGAAAUCGCUUGGCUUGGAAAUACCUUUCGCUAUGAUUUCAGGAAGCGAGAUUUUUUCCUUGGAGAUGUCGAAAACAGAGGCUUUGACUCAGUCUAUACAAAAAGGAAGUAACUUUGUAAUCUCUUCUUUGUUCUUUGGCAGAACACGAGGGGUUCAAGCGGUUUUUAGUGGCGAUAUAGGAGAAAUCCGAUCGGAAGUCCGGGGAGAUAUCGAUACAAAAGUAGCGGAAUGGAGAGAAGAAGGAAAAGUGGAAAUAGUUCCUGGUGUUCUCUUCAUUGAUGAAGUUCACAUGCUUGACAUGGAAUGCUUCUCAUUCCUAAACAGAGCUUUAGAAAACGAAAUGUCACCAAUCCUCGGUCAUGGCAACAAACCGAGGAGUCACAUGAAUCCGUGGCACAGACCAGAUAUCACCACACGGGAUCCCGAUAGACCUCCUUGA